CCGCUCAGAGGAGGCGCGCCCCCCGCCCUCUCCGGGCAGGCCCCGCCCCGCCCUCCGCUUCCUCCCGGGCCCCUGGCACUGCGGCCACUUGGGCAGAAGAGCCGGAGCGGCGAGGCGGCUGCGGCGAUGGCAGGGAAAGAGUUGGAGCGAUGCCAGCGGCAGGCGGAUGAGGUGACAGAAAUCAUGCUCAACAACUUCGACAAGGUCCUGGAGCGUGACGGGAAGCUUGCGGAGCUGGAGCAGCGUUCAGACCAACUCCUGGACAUGAGCUCAGCCUUCAGCAAGACAACCAAGACUCUGGCCCAGAAGAAGCGCUGGGAGAAUGCCCGGUGCCGGAUCUACAUGGGGCUGGCAGUGGGCAUUGCCCUGCUCAUCCUCCUGAUUGUGUUGCUGGUCAUCUUUCUCCCACAAAGCAGCAAGGGCAGCAGCGCCCCACAGGCCCAGGAUGCAGGCCCUGCCUCGGGGCCUGGGGAAUGACCCAGCAGGGCCUGGAAAAGAGGCUGAAGAGCCACACUGGCCAGUUCUGGUCUUCAGAGAACCCUGGAGUUCGCUCCCCUCUGAGCCACCCCAGUGAACGUGGAGGGCAGCCUCAAUGUGUGCACCUUGGUUACUUCCUGUCAUACCACAGACUGGCCCUUGAGGGCAACCUGCUGCGCUGGCUAUGCCAAGCCAGCCCCACCUGGAGCUUAGUAAAAACCACUGUUUGGGUAAAAA